AUGCCAACCGGGAUCAAGCCACGGAAAGCUGUAUAUGUUGGGGGGAUGUUUGGUGUAGGUGUAGGAGGGAAAGCCAUCAUGGAACAAACCACGGAUGAGCCUUCUCGGCGAGGUCGAAACAUCAAGCUCCAGAUUUGGGACACUGCGGGUCAGGAUCGCUACAGAUCCGUGACCCGGAGCUACUACCGUGGAGCCGCUGGGGCGCUGAUUGUCUACGACAUCACCAACCGCGACUCAUACAACCAUCUGGUGAACUGGCUUGCAGAUGCCAGGACUCUUGCCAGAGCAGACAUCUCCAUCAUUACCGUAGGGAACAAAGUCGACCUCAAGGAGAAGCGUGAAGUGACCUUCCUUGAAGCGAGUCGAUGUGCACAGGAGAACGAUAUCUUGUUUCUCGAGACCAGCGCGCUUACCGGCGAGGGGGUGGAGGAUGUGUUCAUCAAGGUGGCGAGGAUGAUCUUGAACAAGAUCGAAGAUGGCCUUAUCGAUCCUCUCUCCAUGGUGUCUGGGAUCCAUACCGGCCUACGCAUUGGAGAAGGUGGAUCAGAUGCUGCCGCCUCGAAAACCUGCUCGUGCUGA